GUCUUUACGGUACCGGACGUAGUUUUUUUUCCCCCGACACAGGGACGUGGGCUCUUCCUGUGUAAGACUGGCGAUUCUUUACAGGGUCGUCGGUUUUAUAGGCUUCAAGCAAGUUGGUUUUAAUGGAAACAAUAAAGGCCUAGCAGUCAGAAAACCGAUGACAGGACGGUCGGAUCGGCGAGACGAUGUGUGACUGACAGGUAUCCAGGGUAGGAUGCUUCGUGGUGAAAAGGUGUCCGUUCCAGGCCACAUAUAAAUUGAUCUGGUAUGGCGUCCCAGCUUCAGGUGUUCUCUCCACCUUCGGUGUCAUCCAGCGCCUUUUGCCGCGUGAAGAAGCUGAAGGUGGAAAACUGUGUGUGGGAUGUAACCGGCCAGGCGGGUGAGAGCAAGUACUAUCCGCUGAGCCCCACGCAGGGAAGCACUGCUGCCCGUGCUGCUAUGCCAGGCCAGGCCCCGAGUUUCAACCCCGCCGGCAUGGCCUACAACCCCACCAACUUGGUGUUUCCCCCGGCGGGUGGGUCGCGCGGGCAGGUUGUGGUGCGUGCUGCCGACAGCACCGGGAGCCUGCCUGGGGCCUCCAGUCACCGUGGCAACGACAACUCACAUUCGCACCGGGAGCUGGGGCAGAGGUACGGAGUGAAGAGGAAGAGCGAGGAGGUGGACAGCAGCGGUAGUGUCCAGAUUCUGGAGGAGCUGUCGGCCCCCGUGCUGUCCAACCGCACCGGUGCCGGGACCACUACCCAGUCCAUCGCCCACUCGGCCUCCACCACCAAGAGCAGCAACUCCAACAGCGAGGGCGACUACCAGCUGGUGCAGCACGAGAUCCUCUGCUCUGUGUCCAACAGCUACGAGGUGCUGGAGUUCCUGGGCCGUGGCACCUUCGGGCAGGUGGCCAAGUGCUGGAAGCGGGGCACCAACGAGAUCGUGGCCAUCAAGAUCCUGAAGAACCACCCCUCCUAUGCCCGCCAGGGGCAGAUUGAGGUGAACAUCCUGGGCAGGCUGAGCACGGAGAACGCAGACGAGUUCAACUUUGUGCGCUCGUACGAGUGCUUCCAGCACAAGAACCACACGUGCCUGGUGUUCGAGAUGCUGGAGCAGAACCUGUACGACUUCCUGAAGCACAGCAAGUUCAGCCCGCUGCUGCUCAAGUGCAUCCGGCCCGUGCUGCAGCAGGUGGCCACCGCCCUGAUGAAGCUGAAGAGCCUGGGCCUCAUCCACGCCGACCUCAAGCCCGAGAACAUCAUGCUGGUGGACCCGCUCCGCCAGCCCUACCGCGUCAAGGUCAUCGACUUCGGCUCAGCCAGCCACGUCUCCAAGGCCGUGUGCUCCACCUACCUGCAGUCCCGUUACUACAGAGCCCCGGAGAUCAUCCUGGGUCUGCCGUUCUGUGAAGCCAUAGACAUGUGGUCCCUGGGCUGUGUGAUCGCUGAACUCUUCCUGGGCUGGCCCCUGUACCCCGGAGCCUCCGAGUAUGACCAGAUCCGCUACAUCUCCCAGACCCAGGGCCUGCCGGCAGAGUACCUGCUGAGCGCUGGGACCAAGACCAGCCGCUUCUUCAACCGAGGCCCUGACUCCAGCUACCCUCUCUGGAGACUGAAGACACCAGCAGAACACGAGGGGGAGAUGGGCAUCAAGUCCAAGGAAGCGAGGAAGUACAUCUUCAACUGCCUGGAUGACAUGAUGCAGGUGAACAUGUCCACUAACCUGGAGGGGACGGACAUGUUGGCGGAGAAGGCAGACAGGAGGGAGUUCAUCGAUCUCCUGAAGAAGAUGCUGACCCUGGACGCUGACAAGCGCAUCACACCCAUGAAGACCCUGGCUCACCCCUUUGUGACCAUGGCCCACCUGCUGGACUUCCCCCACAGCUCCCAUGUGAAGUCGUGCUUCCAGAACAUGGAGAUCUGUAAGCGCAGGAGCACCUCCUUCGACAGCGGGAAGGGCCUCUUCACCAACACAGCCCCCAACACCGCUGCCAACCUGACCGUCACCUUCAGCAGCCAGCUCAACCAGCACAAUCAGGUGGCCGCGGCUGCAGGCCCGUCUCUGUCUCUGAACAGCAGUGUCCCGCUGCUGAACUACCAGCCGGCCCUGUACCAGCAGGCCACCAUCAACAUCCCGGGCCUGCCCCAGCAGAGCGUCCCCCUGCAGACCCGCCCCGCCCAGCUCUGCGCCCAGACCGAGCCCUUUCAACAGACCCUCAUCGUGUGCCCGCCCACCAUCCAGGGGCUCCAAACCUCCAGUAAGCACUCGGCCUUCCCCGUGCGGAUGGACAAUCCUGUGCCCAUAGUGCCCCAGAGCCAGCCCACCCAGCCCCUGCAGCUCCAGCCUGGCAUGCUCACACAGGGCUCCUGUACCCCUCUGAUGGUGGCCACCCUGCACCCCCACGUGGCGGCCGUGGGGCCGCAGUUCUCUCUCCCCCUGGCCCUGGGAUGUGGGGCAGCGAGGCCUGCCCUGCUGGAGCCGACAGCUACCGUGCUGCAGGCCUGGCCCGCAGGGACCCAGCAGAUCCUCAUACCUUCCACCUGGCAGCAGAUGCCGGGCGUGGCCAUCCACAACCCCGCCCCACCCGUCAUCCCCGAAUCACCAAUGGGGGCGCUCCUCUCCGACGGCUCCGCCCAGCAGAUUCCCAACUGGAGCAGGGGGCCCCACGGGGGCCAGUACAGCGGGGUCAUGCAGCAGCCCUCGGUCCUGGGGGGCCCCAUGUCCCUGGCCUCGGCCCAGCCCUUAAACAUGGGGGUAGCCCACGCGGUGAGGCCCCAGCAGAGCAGCACAUUGGGGAAGAGGUCCAAGGCCCGGCACGGAGACAGCCGCACCAGGGCCGCCUCUCGUCUGGAGCCUUCAGUUCCUGUGACUCACAACAGCCCCCUGCUCAACUCCCCCGCCUACUCAGCCGCGCUCUCUCAGCCAAUCGUCAUCUCCGACACGCCCAGCCCGGCCGUCAGCAUCAUCACCAUCCACAGCGACAGCGACGACGAGGAUGAGAGGAAGUUCCACCCUGCCAGCUGCCAGGCGAGCCAGCGGCCCAACGUGAUCAGCUGUGUGACGGUGCACGACUCCCAGGACUCGGACUCCUCCACCGCCAGCCCCCUCAGCCCCAAACGCCUGCCCACCUUCGCCCAGUCCGCCGCACACUUCUCCAAGUCCCUCGCCAUCAUCGUCCCGUCCGUCAAGAGCCAGCCAGGAGAGGGCGCUGCGGCCAAACCCGCCACGCGAGCAGGGCAACCUCAGAGCGUCUGCAGCAAGCCCAAGAAGAUGGCGGUACAGCAGUCCUGUGGGGUGGGGGCUGGCGGAGAGCGCAACCAUCGAGCAGCGCCGAGUCGAUCGCAGCCGCUCAACCUGAGCCAGGUGCAGCCCCCUGUGUCGUCCUCCCAGGAUCACACGGGCAGCGGCUCGUCCCGCCGGCAGCAGACCUACCCCCCCGUCUCGGCUCACUCCCGCUACCGCCUGCAGGAGGCGCCGCUGUUCAGCUCUGCGCCCAGCCUGUACACCUACCCAGCGUCCGCCGCCCUCGCCUCCGCCUCCCAGGCUGUGGACCAGCUGCUCUCCCAGGGGCCCGGCUCCUCCUCCCGCCACGGAGCGGGCCCCUACGCUGCCGCCGCCGUCCUCCGGAAGGACCCGGUGGGCCUGGGGGUGGGGGUGGGGGUGGGGGUGGGACACGGCCUGCCCCCCCAGUACCAGCACCAGUUCUCCAGCCAGCCCUACAUCACCUCCACCACCCGGGCUAACGCCCCCUACAGCGGCUACCAGCUCAGCCCCAGGAAACUCAACCAGUACCCCUAUCUGUGAGCUCUACCCACAGGGGCACUAACUUACACAGUCCCCCUAUCUGUGAGCUCCAUACACAGGGGCACUAACUUACACAGUCCCCCUAUCUGUGAGCUCCAUACACAGGGGCACUAACUUACACAGUACCCCUAUCUGUGAGCUCCAUACACAGGGGCACUAACUCACACAGUACCCCCAUCUGUGAGCUCCAUACACAGGGGCACUAACUUACACAGUGCCCCUAUCUGUGAACUCCAUACACAGGGGCACUAACUUACACAGUGCCCCUAUCUGUGAGCUCCACACACAGGGGCACUAACUUACACAGUCCCCCUAUCUGUGAGCUCUACCCACAGGGGCACAAACUUGCCUGGCCACACCAAAUGAAACCUACAUACUGUGCAGUCUGCUGAAGCCAUUCUAGAGGCGCAUUGUAGACUACAGCCUAUAAUCUCAACUGAAUCCAUUGUGCUUCGUACAUUUCAUGUCCUUCUAAACUCAUUUUUAGCCUUGAUGUUAUUUUAAUAUUUUCAUUUUUUUAUUCAUGUUUUUAACCUGGGUUUUUAAUAUUGUUAUUCCUCUUUGAUGGCAAUGUAAAAUACAGCACAUUUUUUGCCAUUUGAUUUUUAAAACAUUGCGAUAGAAAUGCCUACAUGACUUUAAGGCGAAUUCUGACCAACACGCACACCUGGUUUUUGAAUUGGCCGUGUUUUGUUUUUGCGAGCACACUAAUGUCACACUGCAUUGCGUUCACAUACUGACAAAACGAGGGGUUCUGCUGUCCUGAGUGCCAUCGUAAUCCGCCGUGUUUUUAUUUUAAACUCGUCUCUUUGUUUGCCACGUCUUGAGUCUCGUCAACAAUCAUCCCAGGAAACUGGUCACCUGAUCUGUACCUACGUUUUAGCUUGUUAAUCCAAGCACGUAUCUCCGAUGGCUUUGUGUGUGUGUGCGUGUGUGUGUGUGCGUGCGCGUUCUUAAUGUAACUCCCUGACUGCAGUUUCCCUAUAUAGUGUUAGUUAACCCCUGGGUUUAUGAAAAGUACUGUACAAAAAAAACAAAAAAAAACAUUGUUUCUAGUGUCAAGAUCAGUGCUUUAGCUGACAACUGGAGGAAAUGAAUGGAUUAAAAGCAACUUAGAGUAGACUGGUGAUGUUUGUGAACUUAAAUGUUAAAUGCACAAAGUAGGCAUUGGAGCGGGUAUUUUUACACUGAGUGAGUGGUACCUGAAAAUGCACAGGCGUUAUGAAUAUGACAAUAUUAGCAUAUUUGUUUAACUGUAAGACACGUUACAGGUAUAGAUACAGUAGGAAAUGCUGUCAGUGGGUAGAGAAACUAAAAAAGAAAUGUAUUCACUUACAGUCACCCUCGUUUAGACAAUUAGACUUGUGCAAACUUGUUUUGGCGAGACUUUAAAAGUUUGUUUCUUACAUGCCAUGGUAAUUCAAUGCAACUGCGGCAAAUUCUCUGUAAAAUAUAUUUUAGUGUUUGGGUAAAUUAAUAGGCCAUGUAUUACUCCACAAUAUGAGGAUACGUUGUAUUUUGUAAUAAGACAAGCCCUCACCCCUCACUAUCACUGUUCAAUAAAUGCAAUGUAAUCCUUUUUA